GGCGAUCUAGCUGCGCCUGGGCGUGUCGCUCUGCACGUCGACAGGACCAGGCCGGGCCAGGCACCCGGUUUAGGAACCAUUCCCGAGUACGUGUGCCAGGAGAGGUGUAUCCAGUUCGAAUCGUGAUAACUGAACCGCGGGCUGAAAAAAGUUCGGACCCAGCUGAUCAUCCAAAAUUUUCAUCAUCUCUCCCUAUCGAGUGCCCAAGAUGGUCAAUUACCCCACUACUAACUUCCACAUCAUGGUGAAUCUCCCAAAUCUCCCCGACCAUGGUCAAUUACCCCACCCCCACUACCAACUUCCACACCAUGGCCAAUGAUUGAAUCUUCCCCUACACAUCAUUACUGCUCUGCUCCAGUUUCACCUCCUCCCUCACCAACUUUUUCAAUGCCUGGGUCAGCAAGUCAAAAUUCCUUACUUGAAGCUGUCCUUGGUACAUAAUAUAUAUACCAGUAUGGAUUAGUUGCUUUUGCUGUGUUCCUUGCCAUGUAUUUUAUCCUUCUCUUCAGCUAAUGUCGAGGAGACAGUGGAAACCAUCAUGACCAAAACUCAACUCACAGAAGCUAAUACAGAGUUGGUCAGCUAUUUUCCACUUCUUCUUCCGAAGAGAAGGGGUGACGUUUUCUUGACUGAACAACGUAAAUACAGGGGCUUCCAGAAAGAUUUCACUUGGGAUGAAGUUGGCAUUAGUCUACAUUUUCCAACUGUAUAUAAGCGAUACAAAUCCAUCAGAAUUUCAGUUACCGUGAUGAGGAAUAAUUGAUGAUGACUCUAUCCUACCAAGAAGGUACGGGCUUCUGCCCACAGUAAGUGCAACAUACAUGAUAACAGCAAGUGAUGAACUACUAGCUCCUGUUCGAGUCCGGAUACAGCACUGUGCAAUCCAAGAAAAAGAAGGUUCGUUAGUUUUCCUUGAAGCAGAUGACACACCACCCUAUCGCUUUCAUCCUCUAUGUGAUGGUAAAUUUCCAUUGCAAGAAUCGUAUGGUGAAAUCGAAACGAAACAUUUCUGUUGUUUGUGGAUUAUUUGGAGUAUAUUAGGGUACCGACUGAAAUUAGCACUUUUUGUUUUCUAUGAAAGAGAUGGUGGGGCAACUAUUGUCAUAACUAAAAAUGAACCGUGGUUGGUUAAUGCAGUGAAAUUCGAGUAUCGAAAUGCGACAAAAUGUAACUCGACAACAAUUUCAUGUGACUAUACAACCAAAGAUAUCACUGCGUCUCUACCUGAGCCCCCAACAGAAGGAUGGAACAUUGAGCCUGUGUUUGUAAGUCAUAUAGACAUGCUUGAUGUUUAUGAGUAUGAACCAGGAAAGCUUUGCCCAAAGAUUGAACUAUUUACAACGUGGACAGGUGAAGGUGAGCCCAAAGAAGAGCGAAUCUCUAUUAAGAUAAAAGGAGACACAGUUAUGCCAAUUUCCCUGUGGUGCUCACAAAGUACUCAUCCACAUAGUUUUACAGCCGGUCAAUUGGACUGUAGUGGUGCUGAUUUGAUCCAUGCACUGAAAGUACUUAAAGGUCUGGACAAAGACAUUACCAAAAGAGUGGGUCUUCGCUUAGGCCUCUCUCCCCAU